AUGCAAAAAGAAGAUGAUUUUGAAUUAAACAUAUAAGAUAAAGCAAUAGAAGAAAAAAUAAUAGCACUUUUUUAAGAAAUAAAAGAAGGAAUUGUGUUGGAGAGUAAUGAUAUUUUAGAUGAUUUGAACCCACUAAUGUCUAAUUUAUGCGAUUAAGACAAGAAUAAAGUUGUAUAGGCCCUAAAUAAACAUUUUAGAGAUUAUGAAUUUUUAAAAAGUGGUAAUUAUUGGCUUCAAGAAGAGAUUGAUCCCAAUAAGGAAGAAAUUGAUUAUAUAUCAUUUUACGAAUCUGACAGAGAAAAUAAUAAUUAUGAAUCUAUUUUAGAUUAUUUGAAGGUGCCCGAAUAUAGAAGAUAGAAUUAGAUUCCUAUUGAAUUUUUUGCUAAUCUAUAAUUACUCAUAAAAUUGAAGAUAAAGUCUUUAUUAGUUUUCGAUUUACUAGACUAUAACUUAGAUAAAAAGGAUUUAACUUAAAUUGAAAUCUUGAAAAUUUUAUUAGAAUUAUUCUACUGUAACUAAAUGUUUACUGAUGAUGAAUAAAAAACUUUUGAACAAGUAAUAGGAUCCCUAUUAUAAAAAUAAAUAUAUGAAGUAUAGUAUUACAUGGAGAAUUUAGAAAAGGAUGAUCCAUAAAAUUUUAGGACCUUUGUGUAAAACUUUUUACAAAAAUUACAAUUAAAAUGUAUUAGCGAGACUGACAGCGAUUUAUAAACUUUUUUGCAAGCUAAUUAAAGAUAUAGGAUGUUAUUGAUGAGUUUUAACAAGGAAAUAAUAAAUCUAAGAUCACAUUUAUAAUAAUAAAUAAGCUCAUUAAUUUAAAUACCAGUUGAAUAAUGCUAAUUUGUUCAAAUUAUAUCAUAUAUAAGCGAUAUAGAAAAUAAUGAUCAACUUAACGACAUGUAUUUACAAACUGUCUUCUAUUAUUGGAAAAAGUAUUGUAUUAAAUAUAAUUUGCAAAAUGAUCUCAAAAUUUAAGAAGAUAGUUUAUCAAAAUUACCUAAUAAUGAACGAAAAUUAAUAUUUAUUGAAAGGUAUUUAUAAAAAUAAAAAUCUAAAAUAUAAGAUACCAUAUACUUAUUUGUUAUUCAUAGAAUCUGCUAUUAUAUGGAAAAAAUAGAUAAUAUACUAUGCAGUGAUUAAUACGAAAAGGUUAUUAAGACUAUGACAAAGAAUAUGGAAGUCUAUCAAUCAAAGAAAUAAUAUCCUAUGUAUAAAAUUUUAAAAGAUAAUUCUAAAUUUAUGGAGUAUUGGAAAAUAAUCCAAUCACUAAGAUUUUAUAAAUAGGAAAAAGUUGAAUAAAACAAUCAAACUGCAAAUCUCAUUACAAACCUUUUAUGGAUAUAUAAUCAAAAUGUUAGUUUGUUCAAUAUAUUAAAUAAAAUUACAUAAAUAAAAAAACAAACUUUUAAAGAAUAUGCAAUACUAAUAUAUGAAGAAAUAAUUUAAAUAAAAAUUAACUGUGAUACUAAUUUAGAUACUCAUAUUUUACAAAAAAAUUUUCUAAGAAUCAUUUAUGCCAUUUCCCCCAAAGAAGAAAAUAAUUACUUGUUACUAAGAAAUUUACACGAUCAUUAUGGAAGUCUUUUGAGGGCACCACUAAUCUUAGAAGCAAAUUUUUUUAUAAAUAGUAGAUUAGACCAAAAAUCAAUUUCCUUCUUUGCAAAAAUUGGCAGGAAAUUCAUUGUAAUACAUAAUGUAUUUCCAACCUAAACUCUUUAAAAUUUGGCUUAUGACCUGGUGAAUUAUUUGAUGUCGAAUAAUAAAUCUAUGAUAUAAGAAUGUCUUUAAAGUUUGAAAUGUAUUUUUGCAAUAAAAUCUUUAGUCCUACCAGAAGAUUUACAACCCAUUUAAAAACUUAUUGAGAAUUUUAGCAUAAAUGCUUUGGAACAUUUAAUCGUCAUCAAUAAAAGCUAAAAUAUUUCCCUUUCUUCAGUUAAAUUAUCAAUUUAUGCCAUUUUUUGUUAUUUUUAAAAAGUAGGCUAAUCUCUAUUUGCAAAAGUGGAAUAAUAUUUAUAGAAAAUUUUUAAAGAUAAAUGCUAUUAUUUUCCCUUUGUUUUUUAAUGUCUAAGAAAUAAAAUUAGUAUCGAAAAGAUAAAUAAAAUUGUUGAAUUGUAAUAUUCUUUUUGUUUUUAUAAUGAGGAUAGCUUGUUAAAAUUAUGCUAAGAAGUAUUUCAAUAGGAUGAAUAGCUAUAUCAAGAAUGGUUAAAAAUAUAAAAACCAUCUUAAGUAAUGCUGUCCAUUGAGUAUCUAAAAAUUAAAAAAAGUUAAUAAUUUUACCCUAAAAAAAUGGAUAUUCCUUUAGAAGAUUUCAACAUAUCAUUAUCCGAAUAUAGUGAAUAAGAAUAAAAAUAAGUUUUUUCAAAUUGGAUUUAAGAUAUGACUGAUUCAUAAAAGUUUAAGUAAAUAAUUCCUUUAUUUUUUAAUAUAAUAAAAAGAGGGGAAUCACCUCAAGAUGUCUUAAUUUUAGCCAACUAAACUUUACAAAAAGAUAGGAAAAUCGCAGAUGGAAUUGGAUGUUUGAAUUUAAAAUCUCUAUUUUAGAUUUUCUUCAAUAAUGCAAAUGAUGAAUUAAAAUUCAUCUUGAUGAAAUUUUUUUCAAAAGAAUUUCCAAUCCCAUUUUUGUAUUAAAAUCCAAUUUUGGAUAAUCUUAACUCAAAAACUGAAUUAUUGCUUUUAAAUAGCAAUUUGUUUUAUUUUUUUGAUUAAGGUUAUACUAUAAUUAAUUUAUCAUUGAGUCAAAAUCAAAAGAAAAUUGGAAAAACAGAUCUUAUAAAUAAAAUCUUUUAUUAAAGAGAAAAGUUUGAAACCAGUGACUCAUGUCUAAUGAAUUCCAAUACGAUUGAUAUUAUGUUUGAUUUUGAAUUCAAUAAUUCAAGAAAUUUUAUUGUGGCUGAUGCUCAUGGACAGAUUAUUUUUGAAAUCUUAUUAAAAAUACUCCCAUUUUUUUAAUUUUGGAUAGUUUAAAUGGAUUCUUAGUAGGAGAUUUAAGAGAACAUAAAUUAACUUCGAAAAAUCUUACAAUAAAUGGAUUAAUAAACAAAGGAUUAAGUUGAAAUUUGCUUUAUUGUAAGAAAUACAGUAGAAAAUGAAUUAAUGAUCGAACAACCAUUUUCUUAAGAAAUAGAAAGUAAAGAAGUUUAAAUAAUUUAUAUUCAAAAUCUAGCAGCUAACUAAAUUGACAAAUAAUUUAAAAUAAGUUAAAUUUAAGAUGUUUCCAAAUUCUUGUUUAAUUUGAUUUUUGAACAUUAAAAAAAACUGUAAUAAAGUAAAUAAAUGCUGUAAAAUAAAAAUAAUUAGUUCCUAUUAAUACUAUAAAAAUUUAAUCAACAAUAUUCGAAUAAUAUUCAAUAGAUAACCAGCCAUAAUAAUCUUAUAAAGAAAAUUGAGGAAGCACUAAAUCAAUUAGUUAAUGAACAAGAUGGAUUUUAUUCUUAAAAUGCAUUUCCUAUUAGGCGAAUUUUAUGGAAUAUUAAGAAACUAAGAUAGCAAAAUUAUGAAUUAUGCACGAAACCUUAAGAAAAUAAAAAUGAUAUUUUAAGGAAUAGAUAGUAAAUAUCGGAAUUGGAAGAAUAAAUAGAUAAAUAAUCGGUAAGCAAUUUGUUGAAACUUUUCAGUGAAAUUUUUUCACUAAAGCAUUAUUAUAUCAUCUACCUUUGGAUUGUAGACAAAAUUCGAUAAUUUAACCAAAAAAAUUUAAUAGAUUUAUAACAAAGAGAUUAUGAAUUAAAUGAACAAUUUAAAAAAUUAAAAUAGGAAAAACAGAAGAUAAAAUAAAAAUAUCUCAAUGAUUUAGAAAAGCAAUGUGAAGAUCCCAGGAACAAAGAAAUCAAAUUAGAAAUGUCUCAAGUAAAAUAGCAAAUGGAUAAUAAUGCAACAUCUAUUUCUCAUAAAAAUGUUGGCAUUGAAUUAUUUUGGAGAGAAUUGAUCAGCCUAAGAAAAUUCAUAAAUUAUGCUCUAGAGUUUGAUCCUGUUGAAACGCUCUCUUAAUUGAUUAGAAAAGGAGAGUCAUUAGAAUUUCUAGAUGGGGAUACUUUAUCAAUUAACAUUGAAUUUUUAUUUGAAUUAGAGAAGAAAAUAACGUAGAAUAAUUAAAUAAAAAUCUUAGUAAUAAGUAUAUUAGGUCCUUAAAGUUCAGGUAAAUCUACAAUCUUAAACAAAAUAUUUGGAUGUCACUUUUGGGCUAGCGUUGGAAGAUGUACAAAAGGAAUUCAUUUAUAAAUCUUGUAAGUCUAAAAUAAAUAAUUAUUUCAAAAUCGUUUUGACUAAAUUCUAAUCUUAGAUACAGAAGGUUUAUAAAAUCCAAAUUAAAGUGAUCCAGAAUUUGAUAAAAAGAUUGCACUAUUUGUUCUUUCAAUUAGCGAUAUUAUUAUAAUAAAUGUUAAAGGAGAAAUUAAUUAAUAGUUUAAAAAUUUGGUCGAAAUGUGCAUUUUUACUUUGGGUCAUUUAAAAAAUGGAUUAUAAAUGUUUAAAUAAUUAAGUUGGUUUUUCAAUUAAAAUGAUAAUUACAAAAAUGUAGAACCAUUUAGAUAAUAAAUUAAAGAUCUUGCUUAAAAUUUAAAUUUAGAAUGGGAUCAAAACAAUUAGGAUUAAUAAGAAGAGUAAAUUGACUAUGCAGAUAUUUUAGAUAUAAAAGAUAAUAUUUCUGGUUUAGGCUUUGCUUCAGAUUAGAAAGAUUGGGGUAAGAAUGGCUGGAAUCAAUCUGUAAAUAAUAACACAUUUUCUAGAGAAGCAUACAAAUAGGGAAUUAACAUGAUUAAACGAUUUAUUUAAAAACUUGAAGAGUAAACAAAUAGUUUUGAUCAUUUUCUUAAAAAUGUUCAAAGGAAUUGGGAAAGUAUUGAGAAAUUACCUGAUCUAUUAGAAUUUAGUGAAUUGAUUUAACAUCAAUAGAAUUUAAUGAUGAAAAAAUAUUUUGAUGAUCUUUGGAAAAUGUAAAAUAUAACUUAAGUCGCUGAUAAUUUGACACAACGUACUUUAAAGAAGAUUUAAAAUCUAAAGUAGAUUGUUUUUGAUACUUAUAAAUAGAUACUAUUAGAAAAAGAAAAUGAAAUUGAAUCAACAUACACAUAAAUCAAAAAUUAAAUAGAAGAAAGGAUGAAUAUAUUUCGAAAUGAGAAUAAAAUUUCGAAAAAAAUCAUGUAAAAAUAUUUGAAAAAGCUUGAAAGUAUGAUAUAAACUGUAGAAAUUGAGUGCAAAUUAAAACUAUAAAAUAUCAUUGAAAACUAUGAAGGAGAAUAUUAACAGAAGAAAGGAUACGUUUAAAUUGAUAAUUUUAUAUAAGUUGUUUUAAGUGAUGAAUUUUUAAAAAAAAAAUUUUAGGGAAACAAAGAAGCGAUUGAAUAAGAAUUUAAAAAAAAAUGGGAUUAAUUUAUAGCUGAAACUGAAAGAUCAUCAGAAAACUAAUAUUUGAAAAUGGUAGAGUCAUAAUACAAGGCUAUUAAAUUUAUUUCUAAUAAAUAUAAUUUGAACACAAAGAAUGAACAAGACUAUAUUAACUAUUUUAGGGAAGAAAUAAUAAAAUAAAAUCCUAAUGACUAAAAAAUAAAGAACAUGAAAAAAUAUUUUAACUUUUUAUGA